AAAGAACACAACACGAGCAGCUGUGUCGUCACAUCCGCAAAUUUGUAACAUGGAUCCAAGCGGUUUGAAGCUCAAUUUCUGGGAGAAUGGACCAAAACCCGGACAGUUUUAUUCAUUUCCUGGCAACAGUUUAGCCCCAGGAUGCGGACCUAUCAAACACACUCUAAACCCCAUGGUGACGGGAACAUCAGUGUUGGGAGUGAAGUUUACAGGUGGAGUCAUCAUCGCAGCUGACAUGCUGGGCUCCUAUGGUUCCCUGGCACGGUUCCGUAACAUCUCUCGUCUCAUGAAGGUGAAUGACACCACCAUCCUGGGCGCUUCCGGUGACUACGCAGACUACCAGUACAUGAAGCAGAUAAUCGAACAGAUGGUGAUCGAUGAGGAGCUCCUGGGGGACGGUCACAGCUACAGCCCCAAAGCCAUUCACUCCUGGUUGACAAGGGUAAUGUACAACCGCCGCAGCAAGAUGAACCCACUGUGGAACACUGUGGUUGUUGGUGGAUUCUACAACGGCGAGAGCUUCCUGGGCUACGUGGACAAGCUGGGUGUGGCCUAUGAGGCACCUACAGUGGCGACAGGGUUUGGUGCUUACCUGGCCCAGCCCCUGAUGAGGGAGGUGGUGGAGAACAAGGUGGAGAUCACUAAGGAUGAGGCGCGAGCGCUGAUUGAGCGCUGCCUUAAAGUGCUGUACUAUCGCGAUGCUCGCUCCUACAACAGGCAUGAGAUUGCCAUUGUGACAGAAGAAGGUGUGGAGAUUGUUGGCCCCAUGUCUUGUGAGACCAACUGGGAAAUUGCCCACAUGGUCAGUGGGUUUGAAUAAGGACGAUGUUGGCGAUUCAGGACUGUACGUUAAGCCACACUAUCAGUCUAUUUGUUCCAUGACAUUCUAAAAUGUUAGCGCUUUGAUAAGGCUGCUAUGUAACCAAUUUAGUUUUUCCCACUUUUGUAAUAUGAAAAAUAAAUGUACAUUUCUGAA